UCCGGGAGCAUAGCGGGGCGCGCUCGCACCGCUCGGCUCCUGGGCCUCCUGGAGGCGGCGGCCGGGGCGCAGGGCUGAGCGAGCGUCUGGGAAGGGUGGCCGCAGCCCCAUUGUGCGGCCCCACUCCCUGUCACUACCCCAGCCCAGCCACCCCUUAACCAUGGCUCUGGCGGACAGCACCCGUGGAUUACCCAACGGGGGUGGCGGAGGCGGUAGCGGCUCCUCGUCCUCUUCUGCGGAGCCGCCGCUCUUCCCCGAUAUCGUGGAGCUGAACGUGGGGGGCCAGGUGUAUGUGACUCGGCGCUGCACGGUGGUGUCGGUGCCCGACUCGUUGCUCUGGCGCAUGUUCACGCAGCAGCAGCCGCAGGAGCUGGCCCGGGACAGCAAAGGCCGCUUCUUUCUGGACAGAGACGGCUUCCUCUUCCGUUACAUCCUGGAUUACCUGCGGGACUUGCAGCUCGUGCUGCCCGACUACUUCCCCGAGCGCAGCCGGCUGCAGCGUGAGGCCGAAUACUUCGAGCUGCCUGAACUCGUGCGCCGCCUCGGGGAACCUCAGCAGCCUGGCCCGGGGCCACCUCCGCACCCCAGGCGCGGGGUGCAAAAGGAGGGCUCGCUGGGAGACGAGUUGCUGUCGCUCGGCUGCGCGGAGCCGGAGCAGCAGGAGGGCGCCUCCGCAGGAGCGCCCUCGCCCACGCUGGAGCUGGCUAGCCGCAGCCCGUCCGGGGGCGCGGCGGGUCCGCUGCUCACGCCGUCCCAGUCGUUGGACGGGAGCCGACGCUCGGGCUACAUCACCAUCGGCUACCGCGGCUCCUACACUAUUGGGCGGGACGUGCAGGCUGACGCCAAGUUCCGGCGAGUGGCACGCAUCACCGUGUGCGGCAAGACAUCGCUGGCCAAAGAGGUGUUCGGGGACACCCUGAACGAGAGCCGGGACCCCGACCGGCCCCCGGAGCGCUACACCUCGCGCUAUUACCUCAAGUUCAACUUCCUGGAGCAGGCUUUCGACAAGCUGUCCGAGUCGGGCUUCCACAUGGUGGCGUGCAGUUCCACGGGCACCUGCGCCUUCGCCAGCACCGACCAGAGCGAGGACAAGAUCUGGACCAGCUACACCGAGUACGUCUUCUGCAGGGAGUGAGCUCCCCAGACCCCCUCGCGACUCCAGCGUACCCAUUCCCCCUUCUUCCUGCCCGGGAGAGGAUUAUAGAUCUCCCUUCCCACCCCACGCCCCCUUAUUCCCCUGAUCCCCACCUCCAAUAGCUGUGCUAGUCCCCCUCGUCCCCACUUGAGAACCUGGAGCCGCCAAUCCUUUCGGCUGUUUCUUUCAUCUUCUUUGGACCCCACUAACCGAGAGGGCCCAGAUGUACCCCCUCCACCCAUGCUUCCUCCACCCCCUGCCUCAAACCACCUCCCCUCCCGGAUUGUCCUUCUGUCUGGAGCUAGUGGGGCAGGGUGGCGCCAAGUCACCAAGUACCUGGGAAUGAUUGAAUUGUUCAGAACCUGAUGGGACCCUGACCAGUGUGUAGAAGAUUUCCUUGAAAUCUUCUCAAGCCCUAUAGGAUUCCUUCGAGGUUAUCAAGAGAUCAGCGUUGAUAACGCUGGGAAUAGUGUUUUUGGCCCUCUUUAGAAGUAGAGUGUUAGAAGGCUGGAUGGAAGACUCGACCUGGAAUUGGGAUCCCAUGGAGGCAGUUCAGUGACUCUAAAUGAAUAAAGUUUAGAAGAGUUACAGGUAGAUGUAGGCGAAGAAUCUAGUGCUGGCACAAUGAAGGAUCACGUCUUCUCCUUGCGGAAAUAAAAGUCUUCGCCCGUGGCUGAAACCUGUAGAAAGUUACCUCCUGCCUGAGGAGGCACCCCUUUUCCUCUGCUCAUUGCCAGAAGCCCUUGGUUGGACUGGGUGACAUGGCAGCAGUUAUUGGCAGGAGGAAGACAGAGCCCUGCCACGAACAGGGCAGGACAGGCCGAGUGACCAAGUCUCUCGGGGAAGUCAGCCAGCAGUGACUGAAUGGAGCUGGGUAGUAAUAAUGCACGUCGUGGGGAUUAGGAAAGCCCAAGUAUUCUUGCAGUGAAUAGCAGUAGGACCUUAGCUCUUAAGACUUGGGGGUGGGGUGGGGAGGGAGGAAGGCAGGCAGCGUGGGUGGGAAGGGAGGAACCGACUAGCUCAUGUAUUAUUUGAAAGUUGGAAGUUUGUACCAUCCCUUUGAGUACAUGCACAUUUAAAAAAAUAGUACACAAAAACACGCAAAGCAUUUUAUAAAAAUUAAUAGCAUCUACUCUUUACAGGCAGUUUAUUGAAUUGUUUUGAAUCCUAAACUUAGAAGUUGCUAAUACUUAUGUAAUCUAACCAAAGAGUUACCCAGUAGGGUUUUAGUUUUUCAACUUUAUUUCCUUGUUGAUUAUAAAUCCUGAAUUAAAAAUCUAUUUACUUGAGCAACGUAUGUUUGAUUUUGGUUACUUAAACUUAGGAUCUCUUAUUAAAAAACACCCUUCCUUUCUCCAAGCCCAGUCACUGUUGACUUCUGGGCAAAUCUGAAAACCAGAAAAUGCCACUUCUUUCAUGCAGAUUAUUUGAAGUUAAGGUGGAAUCUUUUUGAGUGACAGCUGCAGAGAAAUAGAAGCACCAAGGGCCGCCCCUCUGUCCAUAGCUGUAAAAUGGAGUCUUUUAAAAUGAACACAAGUAGUUAAAGUGAACUGAGCAAUAAAAUGGUGUUUAGGUAAAUGCAGCAGAAACAGAAGGAGACCUGCUUGCCUUACGCCUUUUCUCUAACAUGGAAUAAACUCCCACUGCAUUUCCUAUCUACCCCAUAAGUGACAGGAAGUGAAUCCUUAUCUUUCAUGCUGUGAGGCUCCUUUGAAUAUUCUGUGAUGAUGGAAUAUUUUUUCAUUUGUUUCAGCAUUUUUCUCUGAAGUAUGUUUUUAAAGAUUUUGUAAGAAUGUGUUUUCAGUGUUUAAAUUAGCGCUAUUUUUCCUUUUUAAAAAUGAAUCUUGUACUGUAUCUUACUAUGUCCAUAACAGAUGUUAAGAAUUGGAACAGUUUUGUUCUUAGACUCAUGUGAUCCAAUCUGUAUAUACCAUAUAUAAACAUUUUACAUGAAUCAUUUAGUUUUUUAAUUCAUUAACUAAUGCUGUAUAAUUUCCUAUAUUUGCCCCCAGUAACUUUCAUCAGAUGGUGUUUAUACUAAAGCAACAUGUUUUGAUGAGUUUCUUAUAUUCUUAUCUAUGGAGAAAUUGGGUUAGGAAAAAAAUAUGUAAAUUAUAAAACUGAGUUUGCUCCAUACUUCUUUCUCUUUUGCUUGGAUAUUAGUUGUAUACUAAUAAUAUGUUGAUUAACUGUCUACUUAAAUCAAAGUACCUGUAUUUUUAAGCCACUGUUUCUUUUUUAAGAAAAAGAUUUGAGGUUUUUUAUUGUAAUUGCAUUUUUAGAAAAGUAAAGUUAGUUUACUUUUCUAAAGUAAAGACUGUAAUCAUAAGGGAAGUGGAAGUAGAAAUCCAAGAAGUUGUGUGUGCUUUAAUGUUGAGUGUGUUCUCAGACUAGGUAAUGCAUCAGAACUUAUCUCUGUUUCAAGCCUGAAAUGAUUUAGGAAUGUUGCUCACUGGCCAAAAGAGGGUGUCACAGAGACUUCUCCGUCCACAUGGUAUUCUGUUAGAUUGCUCAACAAAAAUCAUGUAAUUGAGACCAUCUUAGAGGGCCAGAUCAAAGCCACUAACAUAUGGCAAGACUCUGAGAUUCUGGUUUUCCUUGUAAAAUCUGCACAACUCCAGGAGUAAUGCAAAACUGCUAAAGAUUUGUCUCUGCCACUUAAGUCAUAAAUUUUGUCUUGUAAAACUUUGAGUUGAACUAUUUCAUAGACAUUUUAUCGCUCCCCUCGUCCCCCCUCCAUGUUGCCCUGCACCCCUCCCCUUACCCCUUUCUAUCUGAAAGACUGGGAAUUUAAUGGUUAGAGACAGGAAAGCAUCCUCUUUUUCUGGGGAUGACCCCUAUAAAGUUGGAAGUGGAUACCUAAAAACAUUUUACUUUUAGGCCAAAGUAAAGGUUGCGCGGGAAACUCAUUUUACGCUGGGUAGAGAGUAUAACUGUGGUAAGAUGACUGGUCAUGGGCACUUCGGGGGCCCUCCCCCUCCAUGUGCCUUGGGCCUGAGAAGGACCUUUGGUGGUCUGCAGGGUGGGUUGGAGUGUUCGUUGGUUGCCACCUAUGAACUUGGAUGGGAUUUCGAGGACAUUUGAACAAACCCCGUGAAGACACCAUUCAAAUAACUUGGGAGAAGGUCGGAAAUUAUUCAGGUAAUUAUGACUGCAUUAACCUGACUCCAUGGAGCAUGCAUUUACAUAUGUAAUGACUCUAAUUACCUUUUGAUUCAUAAAUACAACUGAGUGACGUUAGGUUUUAAUAACUAAUUUUUUUAAUUUUUAAAAAAGAAUGAUUAUUGACAGUGGUGGUUAAAAAAACAGGUACCAUGUUUAAAGCUUUUGUGCCAAGUGUUUAACAAGUAGUCUAUUUUUAAUGUAGAAAACGAACCAUAUUCAUUUUAAUUUUUCAAAUUAUAUGUUGUGGAAAACGUUCCUUGAAGGUGUGAGACUUAAAAAUAUUUUCUCCUUCAGUACUGUUUUUAUUCCUGUGUUUCUUAUUUGGCUUUCUGCAUUGAUAGCAAAGUGAUAAUUUAUCAUACGAGCCAAAUUUGUCUUCUCUUUCAAUCCAGAACCAUAUAAAUGGGGGCUGUUGCUUCUCUGAGGAAGUGCGUAAUCUGUGAAUUCUCAGACAAAAUGGGCAACUGGCAAAUCUCAUGAUAUAGUCCAAUUUUUAUUGGAAUUUUCUAUGGAAUGUUAUUAUAUUGAAGCCAUGUAAGAUGAUGCUUUGAUAAUUUCUUACUUUUUAAAUUAUGGUAAAUCCUAAUCUAAUAUUUAAACAGUUUUGUAUUCCACAUGAAAAAUGCUAAAUUAUAGUGCAGGUAUUUAGAAAGUAUUGACUGGAGGGGCUGAAUUCCUUAAGAAUUUCUUUUAUAGUCUAAAUCAUAAAUGCUUUUCUCAAUUGACUUAAAUUUCUAAACUAGUAAAUUGAAUGUUUGCAUUAUAAACCUACCAGAGUAAAUCUUUUGGAAUUUUGUUUUGUUUUUUCCCUUUACUAUAACUCAAUUAAAAACUGAAUUAGUUUUCUUAAAUGACCAAAUCUGUCUUGAGAAAUAAAUAAAAUAAUCUUGUGUUUCUAGGGCCAAUAGUACCGGAAACAGAGUUUCCUAGAGCCAGGAACAAUUUCUGUUGAAGUUAAUUUUUCUUUGCCACAAGUUUGAAUAAUAAAAAUCUAAAAGUAUUAGUGUUUGAAGAUUUAGAUUUUUCUACUGGGGCCCUUGGAAUUUGGAAGAAAUUCAACCAGACUGUCUACAUUAGAGUAUAAUCUUUUGUGAUAGGAAAAUGGACUAGUUUGACCAAGAAUUCUUGUCACCUUAUACAUUUUUUGAUUUUUCCCCCCAAGCCAGGUUUUUUAUUUUAAAUGUAUGCUGAUGUCUGUGAACAUUAAUUGUAAUGUAAACUAUUAUACAACUGUCUUUGUGACUUUACAGGCAGGCAAACUUUGCUAUUACUAUUACAAAUGAUGGCAAUUCAUUUAUGACCACACAAAUAGCAUUAGUGACAUUUAAUGAUUAAAGGUUAAAGCAUUCAUUGUGGAUGUUAAUUUUGAAGAUGUCAAUUAUACGUUAUUUAAAAAUUUCCAGCCAUCUGAAAAACUCUUAUCUGCUAAACAAUGUAAGAUUCCCACAGAGCUAUCUGGAAUUAUGGGAUUGUCGAAAAUGUUGUCUUUCAUAUCAUUGAGUCAUUUUCUCAAAAUAGAAGGGGAAAGAAAAAAAAUUAAUUAUAUGAUUAUGAGGCUUUUCUAAUGAGACAGAAAGCCAAGAUAAAAAAAAAAAAAUCCCUCUAUAUUUUAAAAAAGGCGCUGAUGAAGUCUUUGUAGACAUGCCCAAACUUUAAAUGAGAAUUUCUUCAACCAUCUAAAUGCUCUACUUUUGUUCUCCCUGCUCACAACCAGUUGUAUAACAAAUACUCGAUACCGUUUUCCUCCGUGUGUGAAGUAAUGAAUCAUUGAUUAUGUGACUUGUUAUGUAUUCUAUUAAACACUAAGGAAUAAAACAUUCACUCCUUUAAUUAUUCCUCUUG